AUGGCAGAAAAAUUUCAUAUUGGUGCCCAUUAUGUAUAUGAAAUAUGGGAACAUAAUGAACGUCUCCAACAAGGUCUUGAUGAUCAAAAUGAUCCCUCACCAUCACCUGGUUCAAAUGAAGAUCUCACAUUAGAUAA